AUGAGACCAUCGAAAAACUUGUUCCCUGCUCAAAAACGUCUUUAUCAUGACAUUUUCAAUGAUUAUGACAAUAAACUUGCACCAAUUAUAUACUCCGAAACAUAUAAACAAUCAUUCUUCUUUUCCGGUUAUAACAAAACAAUUCAUGGGUGGAUUUUUAAGAUUUUAAUCAAUCAAAUAAAAGUUAUCGAUUUGGACGAACCUCAAGAGUUAUUCACAACUUCUGUCGAUAUUUUAGUACAAUGGCUUGAUCCAAGACUUAUGUGGAAUAUUUCAGAAUAUGAAGGGAUUCAACUUAUGUACAUAAGACAAAGUAUGAUUUGGAGUCCGCCGAUAGGAGUAUUCUCAGCGUGAGUGAACGGAAAUAUUAUUCUAGGAUUCUCAAGAUAAAUUAACUUUUGAAGAAGUGAUUUGAAAGAUCUUCGCGAUCUCGACUUUCGAAUCGCCAAACUACAAUCUCGUGGAUUAUUAGAACAGUACACAACAAUGAGAUUAACAACGAACUGUGGAUUGAAUAUGGCCAAUUUCCCAUUUGAUAUUCAAAGCUGUGAAAUUCAUUUAGGAUUAUCGGGUGUUCAUUGGCGGCUGUAUAACAUUUCAAUGGUUUUGCCAGCCAUCGAUGAUGAAUUCUUUUGUGAUAUGGUAAGACUAGAAUUAACUACAUGAUAUAUGUUAUAACUUAUUUUGUUAAGAGUAAUUCAGCCUGGACUAUUGUUAAUGUUUCGAUUGGUACUUUAAGACUGAACCCUAUUCGUGAUAUAUUAUAUCGAAUUGGAGUUGUUCGAGUAAUUCUCAAACGAAAUGCAACAUUCUACAUGUAUAUGAUAAUAUUACCAACAUUCACAAUAAAUAUGAUAGCAAUUGGUGGAGUAUUUUUGAAGAAAUCGACUAAAAUGGAAAAAUUAACAAUUGGGUUCACACAUAUUAUGACAAUGACAUUUAUAUUAGGAUUGGUAUCAGAAAAAAUACCAAAAACUAGUGAAAUUCCGUUAUUGGGAAAAUAUAUUGUGUUCGGGUUAUGUUUGAUGAUGUUUGCGUUGGUUAUUUCAACAGCAUUUGAUAAAUUUUGCAACACAUUAGAGAAUAAUCGGUAAGUUCAAUCAUGAUCUUAUGUAAUCGUUGAUAUGUUCUCGUUAUUGCAGACGAUUUGGCGACCAAAAAAUUAUCAAAACAUUAUGCAUGUAUAUUCUUCAUUGUCUUAAUAUUCUUGCAAUUUCCUAUAUGAUUCAUCGAUUUGUUUUAUUCGAAAAUUCUUAUGGAACACACCGCAAUUGUGAUUUGAAUAACAACGAGAAAAAUCGUUCAGUAUAUUCCGAUAUGUCGACUGACUUAUACGAGACAUUCAAUUCAACAACCGGAUUUUGA